CUCGCACUCUGGAACCACAAGAGCAACGGGCACCGAACUGGCUCUCCACCACAGGGCACCUACUCCGUCCACUUCACGUGUAUACGUCUAAUUGCACUGCUCGACUGUUCCGAUCAGUCAAGUUCACCCCUACUACGAGAGGCCCCACGAACGACCGACCGACCGACAACUUCCCUUCCGAAUAGUACUUCCGUCUAGCAUGCGUUAAACAGGCGGGUUGGGGGAAACCGCAGAAGAGCAAUCGCCAUGGACUACUCCGAUUACUCGCCGCAGCGCAUUCUGCACACAGGCUCGUUCACUGGAUUCCAUCGCCUGGGACAGCUCGGUAGCAACUAUCUCUCUGCGACUGCAGAGAUCAAGCAGCCGCUAUGCGGUAACGAAGAGGGUUGGGGUCCGCUGAGCCCUAUCCGAUAUGACUUUACGCCCUGCUUCAUCGACGUCUGGAUUGCCUCCGUGGCAGCAUUUGGUCUCGUCUUUGGAUCUCUGGCCAUUGUAUGGCUCAUCCAGCGCAGGAAACCUUCCGAUGCCCCUAAAGACUGGCAUUUUUGGGUCAAGCAGACACUCCUCGGAUUGAUUAUUGCCGACGUGACAGUACAACUCGCUUUGCAAAUCGUCAGUUACCCCGAUGUUUGGUUUGGCGACUUCCGAUUUUGGACGACGGCUGCGACAAUCCUAUCUCUGGGCGUCAUCUUUGCCAUUCAAUGGCUUGAGCAUGCGCGCCUGCGUAACCCCAAUGGCGUCGUCCUCUUCUACUGGCUCUUUCUCUUGAUUGCAUACUCAGUCAAGCUCCGAUCCUUGAUCUCUCAGCAGCUCUACGAGACUAGCCCGGCCUACUUCAUCACUUACACCGUUGGCUUCGGCCUCUCUGUAGCCGAAUUCCUGGUCGAGUGGUUAUGGCCAAGGAAGGUCAGUGCAUACGAGGCUCUGAUCGAUGAGGAGGAAUGUCCCAUUGAAUAUGCCACCGUAUUCUCCCAGUUGACAUUCUCCUGGAUGACUCCUCUGAUGCGCUACGGAUACAAGCAAUACUUGACUGAAGAUGAUCUUUGGGGGCUCGCUCAAAAAGACCAGACCAAGAACACUGGUGACGCUUUCAACAAAGCUUGGGAGUACGAACUCAAGCACCACAAGAACCCGUCUCUGUGGCUGGCCAUGUUCCGUGCCUACGGUGGUCCAUACGCCAUAGCUGCGCUCUUCAAGGCUGUUAACGAUGUCACACAGUAUCUUCAGCCACAACUUCUGAAGUAUCUUAUUGCAUUUAUAGCUUCCUACGACACUGAGAAUGAUGAGAAGGAGCAGCCUCCGAUCAAGGGUGCUUCCAUCGCCUUGGCAAUGUUUGCGUGCGCUGUUUUGCAAACCUCCAUGAUCCAUCAAUAUUUCCAGCUAGCUUUCGUCACCGGUAUGCGGAUCAAGGGUGGUCUGGCAUCGGCCAUCUACAAGAAGUCCAUGAGAUUGUCCAAUGAGGGACGCGCAUCCAAGUCGACCGGCGAUAUCGUGAACUACAUGGCCGUCGAUGCCCAGCGUCUACAAGAUCUGACCCAAUUUGCUCAGCAGGUCUGGUCUGCUCCCUUCCAGAUCAUUAUCUGCAUGGUGUCAUUGUACCAACUUGUUGGCUGGUCAAUGCUUGCUGGUAUCGGUGUCAUGAUUAUCAUGAUGCCUGCGCAUGGUUUCAUUGCCAGAAUCAUGAGAAACUUGCAAAAGGAGCAAAUGAAGAACAAGGACAAGAGAAGUCGUCUGAUCAACGAGAUCAUUAACAACAUGAAGAGCAUCAAGCUUUACGCUUGGGGUGCUGCGUUCAUGAACAAGCUGAACUUCGUUCGCAAUGAUCUCGAGCUCAAGAAUCUUCGCAAGAUUGGAGCAACCCAAGCUUUCGCCAACUUCACUUGGAGUACCGCUCCAUUUUUUGUGUCUUGUUCCACCUUUGCCGUGUUUGUCAUGACGCAGGAUAAGCCGCUGACCACUGAAAUUGUCUUCCCUGCGCUCGCUCUGUUCAACCUGCUCACAUUCCCCUUGGCGGUUCUGCCCAUGGUCAUUACCUCUAUCGUGGAAGCUAGUGUUGCUGUCGGUCGUUUGACCUCAUUCCUUACUGCUGAAGAGAUCCAGCCUGAUGCGAUUACGAUCAAGCCCGCGCCGGAAGAGAUGGGAGAGGAGACAGUCAUCGUCCGGAAUGGAACCUUCUCCUGGAACCGUCAUGAAGACAAGGAGGCACUCAAGGAUAUUGACUUCACCGCCUACAAGGGAGAACUCUCUUGCGUUGUCGGCAGAGUUGGCGCUGGCAAGUCGUCAUUCUUGCAGAGCAUCCUGGGCGAUCUUUGGAAAAUCAGAGGCCAAGUUGAAGUCCACGGAACCACGGCCUAUGUCGCACAGGGAGCUUGGAUUCUCAACGCGACUGUGAAGGAGAACAUCAUUUUUGGCUACAGAUACGACCCGGAUUUCUAUGAAAAGACGAUCAAGGCAUGCGCUCUCGUUGACGACUUUGCCCAGCUUCCCGAUGGCGACGAAACGGUUGUAGGUGAAAGAGGCAUAUCCCUGAGUGGUGGACAAAAGGCGCGUGUGGCCUUGGCUCGCGCCGUCUACGCCAGAGCGGACAUCUACCUUCUAGAUGAUGUCCUGUCAGCCGUAGACUCCCAUGUUGGAAGACAUAUCAUCGAGAAUGUCCUCGGUCCCAGAGGUCUUUUGAACACCAAGACCAGAAUCCUCGCCACAAACGCCAUUGCCGUGCUCGCGGAGGCCAGCUACAUCACAAUGAUCAGGGAUGGCGAGAUUACCGAGCGCGGAACGUACAAGCAACUCGUGGCAAUGAAGGGUAUGGUUAACGAUCUCAUCAAGACUGCCGGUCAAGAUUCAGGCCCUUCUUCUUCGGCCAACUCGAGCGGCUCCAGUAGCGAAACGUCCACCAUUAUCGAAGCCGAGGGCAGCAGCCAAGAAAAGGCCGAGCUGGAAGAGGCCCAGGAGCAGCUUCCUGAGAUGGAACCUAUCAAGACCGGCGUUUCAGUGAAGAACAAGAAGCGAUCUUCGAGCAUGGCAACGCUGCGCCGCGCUAGUACCGCCAGCUUCCGGGGACCUCGGGGCAAGCUCACUGAUGAGGAAGUCGCUGGCAGCAAGUCGAAGCAGACCAAGGAGCAUAUUGAGCAAGGAAAGGUCAAAUGGAACGUCUACAUUGAAUAUGCCAAGAACAGCAACAUUAUUGCUGUCGCCAUCUACAUGGGUGCCCUGCUGGCUUCUCAAACAGCCAACAUUGGUGGCUCCGUAUGGCUCAAGACGUGGUCAGAGCAAAACGCAAAAUCACACACCAACGACCACGUGGGCUACUACAUCGGGAUUUACUUCGCCUUCGGCAUCGGCUCUUCCCUUUUGACUGUCAUCCAGACUCUCAUUCUGUGGAUUUUCUGCUCGAUUGAGGCGUCGAGGAAGCUGCAUGAACGGAUGGCCAACGCCAUUUUCAGAUCACCUAUGUCCUUCUUCGACACUACUCCCACUGGUCGCAUUCUCAACAGAUUCUCCAGUGACAUUUACAGAGUCGAUGAGGUUCUCGCCAGGACCUUCAACAUGCUCUUCGUCAAUGCUGCUCGGUCAGGCUUCACUUUGGCUGUCAUUUCCAUCACGACUCCUCCGUUCGCCGCGCUCAUCAUCCCAAUUACUCUGAUCUACUACUGGAUCCAGCGGUACUACUUGCGCACUUCUCGUGAACUCAAGAGACUUGACAGCGUUACCCGAAGUCCCGUAUACGCCCACUUCCAGGAAUCACUCGGAGGAAUUUCGACGAUCCGAGCGUACCGCCAGCAGCAGAGGUUUGAGCUGGAGAACGAGUGGCGUGUCGAUGCCAACCUCAAAGCCUACUUUCCAUCUAUCAGCGCGAAUCGUUGGCUUGCGGUCCGUCUCGAGUUCAUUGGUGGUGUCGUUAUUCUUGCGGCUGCCGGAUUUGCCGUUGUCACAGUCGCGAACCACGUCCCAUUGAGCCCUGGUCUUGUCGGUCUGGCCAUGUCUUAUGCUCUGCAGAUCACAACUUCGCUCAACUGGAUCGUGCGCCAGACCGUUGAGGUUGAGACGAACAUUGUGUCAGUUGAGCGUGUUCUUGAAUACGCGCGCCUGCCAAGCGAAGCCCCCGAAAUCAUCAAGAGCAAUCGCCCACCCGUCGCCUGGCCGGCCAAGGGCUCUCUUGAGUUCAAGAACUACAGUACCCGGUACCGCGAGGGCCUGGACAACGUGCUGAAGAACAUUAACUUGGACAUCAAGACUCACGAAAAGAUCGGUGUAGUUGGGCGGACCGGAGCUGGCAAGUCUUCGUUGACCCUUGCUCUUUUCCGCAUCAUCGAGCCGACUGCUGGCCACAUCAGCAUUGACCAGAUCAACACAUCUUCCAUCGGAUUGCUAGACCUGCGUAGAAGACUGGCCAUUAUUCCACAGGAUGCGGCGCUGUUCGAGGGCACCAUCCGGGAUAACUUGGAUCCCGCCAACGUGCAUGAUGACACUGAGCUAUGGAGCGUACUGGAACACGCCCGACUCAAGGACCACGUAACGAGCAUGGAAGGCGGCCUAGACGCAAAGGUCAACGAAGGAGGUUCCAACCUCUCACAGGGUCAGCGGCAGCUCGUGUCGCUCGCCCGCGCAAUGCUGACGCCUUCCAACAUCCUCGUGCUGGACGAGGCAACCGCGGCUGUCGACGUCGAGACAGACGCCAUGCUGCAGACUACUCUGCGUUCGCCAAUGUUUGCCAACCGUACCAUCAUCACCGUCGCUCACCGCAUCAACACCAUCCUCGACAGCGACCGCGUUGUCGUACUAGACAAGGGCGAGGUGGUGGAGUUUGACACACCGCAGGCACUCAUCAAGAAGCAGGGCGUCUUUUACGGAUUGGUGAAGCAGGCCGGUCUCGACACCUCGGAGUCUUCGUAGAAGAGAGAACGAAGACGGGGGACAGCAGCUUGUGUGACAAUGUAAGAGAAUUUCGGCGAAUGGAAAAAUGGUGACGGCGGCGGCGGCGGCGGCGGCGG